UCAUGCUGCUGCCAGGUCCAGAUUGUGUCAAUGGGUCCCUGUACGCCCUCCCAUUGCUGCAGUCUCCAUCGCCCAGUACUCUGCCAUGUUGCCACCUUUCAGUCUCCUCUCACCACUGUUCAUUUUGUCAUGGUGGAUUAGGGUCCAUUGUGCUGAGGCCCAUCAUAGGGUGCUGGCAGCUGUACCGGUCCUCCCAUUGCCUGCUGCAGGCCCUUGCUGUGCAGGCCCGUAAUCUGCCAUGGGCCCCCUGUACCGCCCUCCUCAACGCUGCUGCCAGGCUCCAGAGUGUCUGUCAUGGGUCCCUGUAC